UUAACGUUUAUAUUUUUCUGGUUCUGCCUUUUCUGGAGAAUUCGGGGGGUUUCUGCUAGCUUGCGCACUAGGUGAUUCAGGGGGAGUUGUUCUAUACGUGUGUCAAGAGUCCAGCUCUUGUCCCACGUGGACAAAUUUUUAUUCCUUUUUUUUUUUAUUAAAAGAAAAAGAAAAAGAAAAUAAAAAAUAAAAAAUUCAAAAACAAGCUACCAGCGUUAAACACACCAUUUCCCCAAAAUUUUCAAAAACUUUUUCUUCAACAAAACUUUCCCCCUAUUUUUUCCCUCCUCCCUCACCCCACCACCGAUAGCCAUCCCCCCGCCACCCAUCGGAGCACCGCCCACCGCAGUUUGCCUCCCACCGCUGACCAGACCGCCGACCACCAUGGACUUGUCACAAACUACCUUGAUUUCACAAUGCGAAGUUGAUUAUUCGUUGACACAUGAACAACUUGACGAGGUUGUGCCCAUCGAAAUGGACCCUCAAAAUGAUGGAAAUGAAAUUGUAGCUAAUGAACAGUUGCAAGAUAGUGUGGGCAAUUGUCGUACCAGGCUCAAGCUCAUAGACGAAGAUAAAAAUGUUAAGGAACCUAAGGAAGGGAUGCUAUUUGGCUCCAUAGAGGAAAUUCAUGAAUAUUAUAGAAAUUAUGCAAAGCAAAAGGGUUUUGGUGUGGUACAGAAGAAGAAAAAAAAGUAUGAAAAUGGAGAUGUACAUUACAUCACUCUAGCAUGUGCUUGUCAAGGCAGUAGACCAUCCAACUCAAAUAGCUUUUGCAAGCCUAGUAAAACAAUCAGAACGGGGUGUAAAGCUACUUUGAAUGCAAAGUUAGUAGAUACAAAGUGGUAUGUGACUAAUGUAAAUAUUGGCCAUAAUCAUGAUUUAAGCCCAGGCAAAGCGAGAUAUUUUAGAUGCCACAAGAAUUUAAAUCCUUGUAUGAAGAGAAAGCUUGAGAUAGAUGAUAGAGCUGGAAUACGUAUGAAUAAGAUUUAUAACUCGUUAGUCGUUGAAGUGGGGGAAUAUGAGAAUCUUACAUUUGGAGAGAAAGAUUGUCACAAUUAUAUUGCGAGUUCAAGACAUCUUCGCCUUGGCACAGGAGGUGCUGCAGCACUUCGUGACUACUUCGAUAGAAUGCGGAAAGUGAAUGAUGAUUUCUAUUUUGAUAUGGACAUGGAUAAUCAGUGUAAAUUGAAAAAUGUGUUUUGGGUUGAUGCACGAAGUAGGGCAUCAUAUGAAGAUUUCGGGGAUGUCGUUGCAUUUGACACAACAUACUUGACCAACAAAUACGAAAUGCCAUUUGCCCAUUUUGUGGGAGUAAAUCAUCAUGGUCAAUCAAUUCUUUUAGGAUUGGCAUUAAUUUCAAGCGAAGAUACAACGACAUUUGUUUAGUUGUUUAAGGCAUGGUUGAAAUGCAUGAAGGGCCGUGCGCCAAGGGCAAUUAUUACAGAUCAAGAUAGGGCUAUGAAAAAUGCAAUUAAUAAGGUUUUUCCGAAUGCCCGACAUAGAUUUUGUUUAUGGCACGUACUGAAAAAAAUUUCAAAAAAAUUUGGAUCACAUUCACAGUACAAUGCCAUUAUGAGUGCCAUACGAAAUUGUGUGUAUAAUUCUCAGACAUGUGACGAGUUUGAUGCAAGUUGGCAGAAUUUACUUGAGUGUUAUAAUCUGGAGGAUAAUGCAUGGCUACGUGAUUUAUAUAGUGAGCGGACUUUCUGGGUACCGGCAUAUUUGAAUGGUGUAUUUUGGGCCAGCAUGACUGCCACACAACGUAGUGAGAGUAUGAAUGCAUUUUUUUAUGGUUAUGUGCACUCGUCCACCUCAUUGAAAGAAUUUGUGGAUCAAUACGAUAACGCUUUGCGUAGGAAGGUUGAGAUUGAGAAUGUUGCUGAUUUCGAUUCUUUUCAUACCACGAUUUCAUGUGUAAGCAGGUUUCCCCUUGAGAAACAAUUUCAAAAAAUUUACACCCAUGCAAAGUUCAAAGAAGUUCAAAAGGAGAUUUUAGAGGUUAUGUAUUGUGGUUGCACUCUUUUAAAAAGUGAAGGUGGAAUUAGUACCUAUCAGGUGAUUGAACGGGUAAAAAUUAAUGAUUCCUACAUAAAAAAAGUACGCUUUACUGUUUACUAUAAUGACCCUUCAUGUGAAGUGAACUGCAGUUGUUGUUUGUUUGAAUCAAGAGGAAUUUUGUGCAAACAUGUCAUAUCUGUACUGACUAAACUUGAAGAUGUGGAAUUGUUGCCCGAAAAAUAUUUUCUAAACCGUUGGAGGAAGGAUUUGAAGCGGCCAUAUAAAUUAAUCAAAAGUAGUUAUGCUCCCUUGAGUGGCAACCCUAUUGUAGAUCGAUAUGUUGAAUUGAGCAAAAAUAUGUUGAAGUUAGCCGCAAUCGCAGCACCAAACGUGGACCAUUGCACGGAAGUGCAAAAUCAUGUUGAUAUGCUAACUAAGAAAUUAAGUGGUCAAAGCUGUGAACAAAGUCCACAUUCCCAAUCACUCCCAAGUGCAAAAUCUCUCUCAAGUGUAUCUAUGAUCAGUAAUGGAGCCAUUGAUUGUAUGGCGGUGGAGACCUUCGGGAAUUCACAAUCAUCACGUCCAUUUGAAGGAGAUUUUAUAUACUUGUCGUGAUAUUUUUGCUCGAAUUUGGUGCUGAUGUGUUGAAAUCUAAAAGCUGUUUGUGUUUUUGUGAACAUAUAUGUUAGUGAAUAGUGAAUCUUGGAUCUGAAUGAAGCUGGAGAAUAUACAGAACAAAAGUGCUCUGGUUUUUUCAAUUGAUCUGCACAUGUUGGAUUGAUGGGUCAUGGGUGUAUAGGACAGUUUGUUUGCUUUUGGUUUCUGAAACUGCUGCAGUUUUUUUGUUUCUCUUGAAGCCCUUUUUGAUAUUCUUCAAAUGCUUUUAUUUCUGCUUGGGAAUUGCUGUUGUACACAUCUUUUGGAAAGAUGUUAAAGCUUAAUAUGUAUAGGAAUUAUGGCGUUUCAUUUGUAUGACGAUGUUAACUAAUCAGAACGGGAUGUAAGGCUACUUUGAAUGCAAUGUUAAUCACACGGAGUAUUUGUUUCAGACCCUCAGAAAUUCACAGUCAUCAAGUCCUAUUGAAGGAGAUUUCAUGGACUUCUUGUUUCAAUCACGUGACGCCAUAAUUGAGCUUGUUUUCUAACAUUGGAUUUUUACUGGUUUAUCUGAAGUCUUGAAACUUGGGGUUGUUGUACUUGUAUUUAAACUUUUAAAUAUCGGAUUUUUAUGUGAAAUUUUUACUCCUCAUGGUUCCAAUG